AUGUUAGGCCCAAGGCUUACAACUUCAAUGAUAAGAGAUGAUGUGAACGAGGAUAUGGAGAAUCUCAUGGAUAAGCCUAGCAAAUUCUUGGAGGAACAACCUUUUAAAAAAGCUAUUAAUCUUAUCGUUGAUUCGCCAUACUUAGUCAAGA